AUGUCAAACCCACAAGAAAAAGCAAUGAAAGAGGCCCAAUCCAUUUUAAAGUCAGCCGAAAAGGAAUGCAAGGGCGGAAUUUUCUCAAAACCAGAUUAUGCUAGCGGUGGCGCAGCUUUUGAAAAGGCAUAUAACAUUCUCUACAAAGCUAAACUCUACAAAGAAGCCAUGAACGCAGCUAUGAAGGGUGCUGAUGCUUAUGAUAAAUGCAAUCUUCCUUUAAAGGCUGGCGCAUUAUCCCAAAAUGCAUCACAAGCAGCCUUCCAAGAUAAGCAGUACGAUCAGCUUGUUCCAAUUCUUGAUCUCUGCAAAUGCCGUUUCCAGGCCGGCAACCAAGCUUUGGCAGGAAUCAGAGCUGUUCGUGAAAUGGCUUCUCGCAUGCGUCCUAUCGAUAAAGAGAUUUCAUAUCAGCUUUACAACAGUGCUCUCGACUUAGUUGAGGACGACGAGCAAUAUACAUGGGAGAAAGAAACUUUCUUAGAUUGCGCUUGCUUAGCACUAGAAAUGAAGAAAUACCCAGAUGUCUUCAAGGCUUGGGCACGCGCAGAAAAGGCAUUCUUGUUCCUAAAGAACACAGAUGCUGCUGCCCAUUGCAUUUCAGCUAUUAUUGCCAUUCAUCUUCAGCGCGGUGAUAUCGUUGCUGCCCAGAAUGUUUUUGAGGAGGCCAUGCAAAAAGAAUACUACGUUCAUACUGAAGAUUUUUCAAUGAUCGACUUUAUUCUUCGUGGCGUAAAGAAUCAGGAUGGCGAUCUUAUCGAGGCCGGCCAAAAGAACUUUAUCAUUCAAAUGCUUAAGCCAGAAAUUGGAAGAAUUAUUAUGGGUUUCAAGGCUCCGAAAUCAGCUCCACAACUAUUACCAGGCAGUGGCGAGGCUGCCCCUGCCCCAGCUCCUGCACAGGAUGAUAAGGAUGAGGAAGAAAGCGACCUCGAUUUACUUUAA